UUCAGAAACACAGGAAGCAGCAGCGUGAGUACACAUUGGAACAAAGCACACCGCAGUAGGACGUGGUGAGAAGUACGGAUCCUAAUUUACUUAUAAAAUCAUUUAAAGGCAUUUUUUGGGGGAAGAAAAAUAUCUUGAGUAUCAUGGGUGAUGUAUUUACACCACUGGACUGCCUGCUAUCUUCAGGUACACAGAAGUUCUGUUUAGUGAUCCUUAAUCAACCCUUGGACAAAGACUACUUUCACCAGCUCUGGAGUAAAGCUACAAUAAAGGCCUGUGCAGAUGGAGCAGCAAAUCAUCUCUAUAAUCUCACAGCUGGGAAGCGUGAAAGCUUCCUGCCUGACUACAUCAGCGGGGAUUUCGAUUCGAUUAAACCAGAAGUCAAAGAGUUUUACAAGAAUAAGAAAUGCAAGCUUAUAGAAACCGAAGAUCAAGACCUAACAGACUUUACCAAGUGCCUGCGCAUACUAGUAGACGAAAUAAAGACUAAGGGUCUACAGGUCGAUACCAUAGUGACCCUUGGAGGACUCGGUGGACGCUUUGACCAGAUCAUGGCUACUGUCGAGACUCUCUUCCAUGCCACCCACAUGACUGACCUCCCAGUCUUGGUCAUUCAGGGAUGUUCCUUGGCUUACCUACUUAGACCGGAUAAACGGCACACUUUGAAUGUGAACACAGGAUUGGAGGGGGAUUGGUGCAGCCUGAUUCCAGUGGGGGGGCCCUGCAAGACCACAACCACUGGCCUCAAAUGGAACCUCGAUGAUCAACUACUACAAUUUGGAAAACUGGUCAGUACCUCCAAUACAUAUGAAUCACACAACCCUGAUGAGGACAGAAAGCUUGUGACAAUACAAACAGACCAGCCCUUGGUAUGGAGUAUGGGGAUCAUGAAAACUGAACAAUGGACAAGGGGAUGCAACCAAAUUAGGCCAUAAAAAAAAAAAAAAGUUAGUUUGUUUUACCACACCACAACUAUGUGCAUGUACUGUAAAUGAAAAGUGAAACCACUCUAAUUUAAGUUAUCAAAUGGAUUCAACUCCCAAUGCCUGACAUUUUUAAUUAUGCCAAAGACUUGUAUUUUGCGUUACAUAACUUAGAUUGCAUAAGAAAGUUUACAUCUAUCUUUCUCCUUUGGUUGUUGAUAGCUUAUUGAUCCCAGAAUCUCAAGCAGCUUCUUGAAGGAUCCCAGGGUGUCAGCUUCAACAUCUGCUAGAACAGAGCUGUUUAAUUGUGUUGCACAUUUUCAGUCUGCAUACUCCAGUUUAAUCUGUCCAUAUAUGAAUUUUAAAAACAGAUAAAAUACUCUAUUUAAUGAAGUGCAUUUCAGGAUUCCAGUAACAUUUUCUAGUUGUGUAAAAAUAUAUUAAAAACAACAACCAAUUUCUGUAUUUGUUUCUUCAAGAUAUCAAAGCCACACCCCAUCUUGUUCAUUUGGGUUACAGCAAACAAACUUUGUGCCUUAAGUUUCUACUUGUGACAAGUACUGGAAAAAUAAAACACACUGCUUUAA